AUGGGUGACGACACCGCGAACAGUUCCCGCAGCAAUAGCAGUGGCAAAGUCCACACUAUCAACAGCUUUGGCAUGGGAAGACUCCACCACAAAAAUGCUAUAGUCACUGGAGCUGCUGGUGGUAUCGGCCUCGAAACAUGCAUUCUCUUCGCCAAAGAAGGUGCCAAUGUCCUAAUGGCAGACAUCUCUGCUCCAGCUCUCGAGAAAGCUUCUGCCAAACUUAAACAGUUGGUACCAUCUGCCCACAAGGUUGAGAUUCAGGUCUGUGAUGUCUCUAAGGAAGCCGAUAUCAAAGCUCUAGUCGAGCAUCUCGAUUCCUGGGGUGGUGUUGAUAUCAUGUUCAACAAUGCUGGUAUCAUGCACGCUGACGACGCUGAUGCUCUUGAUACCCCUGAGAAGAUCUGGGAUCUCACUCAAGCCAUCAACGUCAAGGGUGUGUGGUUCGGUUGCAAGCACGCGAUUAUCGCCCUGCGCAAGCACAACAAGACUAAAGGAUCUAUCAUCAAUACUGCUUCAGUUGUUGCAUUGGUCGGCUCCGCUACUCCUCAACUUGCAUAUACAGCAAGCAAGGGUGCAGUUUUAGCCUUGACCAGAGAACUUGCCAUUGUCCAUGCUAAAGAAGGCUUCCGCUUCAACGCUCUCUGCCCAGCUCCUUUGAACACUCCUUUGCUUCAGGACUGGCUUGGUGACGAUCUACCUAAGAGACACCGACGAGAGAUUCACUUCCCAACGGGUAGAUUCGGUGAGGCUAUCGAGCAGGCUCAAGCUGUGUUGUUCUUGGCAAGCGAUGAGGCGAGCUUUGUCAACGGCCAGGAUUUCGUAGUCGAUGGUGGUCUAACGAAAGCCUAUGUUACUCCCGAAGGCAUUCCACUUACUGCACCAAAGAACAAUGCCCUUCUCUCCGAGCAAGUCGAUGCUAUCCGAGGCACUGGUGUCCCGCAUGAGUAA